CAGGCAGGAAGGAAGGCAAGGCAUUGAAUGCUAACAAGGAGAGUUAAGGUUCAAGCAGUGCUAAAAGGUGGGGGGUGGGUUUAACACCGAGCAAUGGAGAAGUACAAUUAACCUGGUAUGUGCCAGAUCGCAAUUUACGCCGGUCGUCAUCAUCAUCAUCAUCAUCAUCAUCGGUACAACCAUCUUCAACUUUCCCGUUGAGUGAAAUGUAUCGAGGCUGAAUGGGAUCCAAAAACUGACGAUGGAGAUUGAAAAUAUCGUGGCCAACACUGUGCUACUGAAAGCCCGAGAAGGUGGGGGCGGGAAGAGGAAUGGCCGGAGCAAGAAAUGGAAAGAGAUGUUGAAGCUACCGCACAUCAGCGAGUGUGAGGAGCUGAGAAUGACCAUUGAAAGGGACUACUCCAGCCUGUGUGAGAGGCAGCCUAUCGGACGCCUGCUAUUCCGUCAGUUCUGCGACACGCGGCCGGAGCUGAAGCGCUGCAUCGAGUUCCUGGAUGCUGUGGCUGAGUAUGAGCUGGCACCGGAUGAGAAGAGGAGAGACUGUGGCUUGAAUGUCUUAGACACGUACUUCAAUAACGGGUCUGCAGCACAUUUACCAGAAAUACCUCAGGAAGUCGUAGCAGAGUGCAGAGAGAAACUGGAGAGGAGUCCCUGUAAGGAGCUGUUCAAGGAGUGUGCCAGGAUCGUCCGCGAGUAUCUGAGUGGGGCCCCGUUCACCGCCUACCAAGAAACUAUGUACUUCUCUCGGUUUCUGCAGUGGAAGUGGCUGGAAAGGCAACCCGUAACCAAAAAUACCUUCAGACAUUACAGAGUGCUAGGAAAGGGUGGCUUUGGCGAGGUCUGUGCCUGCCAGGUACGAGCCACGGGCAAGAUGUACGCCUGCAAAAAGCUGGAGAAGAAGAGGGUGAAGAAGCGGAAAGGGGAAGCCAUGGCUCUGAAUGAGAAGCGUAUUUUAGAGAAAGUCAACAGCAGCUUUGUGGUCAGCCUAGCGUACGCCUACGAGACCAAGGACGCCCUCUGCCUGGUCCUCACCAUCAUGAAUGGCGGCGACCUCAAGUUCCACAUCUACAACAUGGGCAACUCGGGCUUUGAUGAGCAGCGCGCCAUUUUCUACGCCGCCGAGAUCUGCUGUGGUCUGGAGGACCUGCACCGGGAGAGGAUCGUUUACAGGGACUUGAAGCCUGAAAACAUCCUUUUAGAUGACCGUGGUCACAUCCGGAUCUCUGACUUGGGGCUGGCGGUCCAGAUCCCGGAAGGGGAGACGAUACGGGGGCGAGUCGGCACAGUGGGCUACAUGGCUCCUGAGGUGAUCCAGAACGAGAGCUACACCUUCAGCCCGGACUGGUGGGGCCUGGGCUGCCUGAUCUUUGAGAUGAUCCAGGGCCAGUCGCCAUUCCGCCGGCGCAAGGAGCGCGUCAAGCGGGAGGAGGUGGACCGGCGGGUGCGCGAGGACCAGGAGGAGUACUCCGAGAAGUUCUCCGAAGAAGCGAAGGAUAUCUGCAGGCAGCUACUGGCAAAAGACCCCAAGGAGCGGCUGGGCUGCCAGGGCCGCGGAGCGGCAGAGGUGAAGCAACACGGCAUCUUCCGGAACAUCAACUUCAAGAGGCUGGAGGCCAACAUGCUGGAUCCGCCCUUCAGCCCCGACCCACGGGCGGUCUACUGCAAAGAUGUUCUGGACAUCGAACAGUUCUCCACUGUCAAAGGGGUGAACCUGGACCCCACGGACGACGACUUCUACCACAAGUUUGUCACAGGAAGUGUCUCCAUCCCCUGGCAGAACGAGAUGAUCGAGAUGGAGUGUUUCAAGGAGAUAAACAUUUUCGAGACAGACGGCAUCCUGUGUCCGGACCUCGACGUGAACCGACCAAACCCCCCACCUAAGAGAGGCCUCUUCUACAGGCUCUUUGGGAGACAGGUCUGCUUUAAGAGUGGCUACAGUGACGAGGAUGAGGAACCCUCCAGACUUUAAACCACUGUCUGCCAAAAGAUCGCAAUCUUAACAAAAUGAAUGUUUUACUGUAUUUAUGAAUUGUAUCAAAAGUGUAUUAUAAUUAAAGAAAAAAGUAUGAGUUUAAAGAUUUUGUACAUUUGUACUUGAAUUAUGUCUAGAUGUAUAUUUUCACUAAAGGUUGUACUGUAUAAAAAGCCAUAAAAGUACCACUUGAAUGCAUACAUAAUGUUUUUUCCUUUGGAAUUAGUAUGAAAAUGUGUAUUUAAUUAUUGUUUUCAAAGCACAGUAUGGUAUCUGUCUUAUUCUUUGCAGUAGCUUAGGGAUUCAUGUCUCACGUUCCCAUUUUCUUCAUGUUUCUUUGGACAACACAUAACAUUAAUGCACCACACUGUCAGCCGCGAGAUCCUAUAACGGCGACACAUCCGGAAAGGUACGCUACGAGCCGAGUAGGGCCGCUCCUAACAUCCCGGAUGAUGAGGGAAAAGCGGGGAUGCGAAUUUUAAUUUUACAAGGUGGGUUUGAGAAAGCUCAUUUAUAUUCAUGAGAUGCUACUUGAUUGACCAGUGAAUGCUUUUGACAAUUCGCUGACCAAUCAGGUACCUCCUCUCAUAAAUACAAAUGAGUUUCCCCGUACCACCCUCCAAAACGAAAAUUCGCAAGUGGGAUUCGUAGCUUUGCUCGCACCCGAUAAGCACACUUCUCCUGCAUUACUUUGACCAGCUUUAACAUCCAGAUACACAUUGGUCGACAGAGACACAGAACAGCCGCCACCGGAUCACCGUCCUACCAAAACUUUUUUUUCUCCGUUCAGACGAAAACGGGGUCAGCAGAAGACCAUUAUGCAUAUUUCCUCCAUUUCGUUCAUUCGCAUCAUUUUUUAUUUUUUUUUAAAAACAUAAUUACGCAGUAAUUAUUAUGGCCUUUUUUCUUUCAUUCUUUGGAAAUUGUGCUUUGUGAUGUGAGCUGUUUAAAUAAUGCUUGUCGCAAACAAAAUAGCAAACAAAAGUCUUUUAAAUCCGAAAGUAGUACUGGAUCGGAUAUCCAUAGUGGUAAAUAAAUAACAUUCCAAACUGUUGUGUUAAGAUUAGGGAUGUAAUCCUGAUGUCAUGGUGCCUAAUAUUCCCUGCUGAUUUUAGUGAGCAACUUUGGGUGUACCUAUGCCUUAAGCAAUGAUAAUAACUGAACCUUAUGUUAAAUGUUGCUAAACACUCACAGCAGACCACUGUCUUACAGUAGAGCCAAAGCCUAUCAUAAAAUAUACGGCUGGCCUUUACCCAUUUUCAGUAUUUUUUUUUUUUAAUUACACUGCGAAGUAUAAUAUUUGAGCAACUCCUCGAACGGGGUUUUUGAAAACGACAAAUAAGUCUGUAUGUAUAUAAUAUAAUUAAAUAUGUUUAGUGCUAGACGGGAUUUUGCAUUAUUAUGUGUUUUUAAUUGUAACUGCACACAUGCAUUGAGGCACGCGCGCAAACGACUGCGGUGUCUGUAGUUUCCCGCCGAAAACGUGCUUCGCAUGUGUUCAUCAUCUAGCCUAUAUGUCCACACAACUCAUGUACAGUUACUUACUCUGUACAGUUUCCAAGUGAAAUACAUUGGCUGCCUCCUAAUCCACGCUUUAUACCAACCAUAUUUGUACAGAAACGCAAUAUCGACUCAUCCGAAAUGAUGGAAAACGGAACUUGCUCAGAUUAUCUGCCAUUAAGCGUUAAACUGACACUUUUGCAUUUCCAUCCAAGUAGGCCGAAAUCGUACUUGUUAAGAUGCAAAGCUCUGUGUUUUGGCUCUGUGUGGGAAGCCAUGAGUGUAAACGACACCCCUGGCUUAUUACAAGGGGUAGAUGCGGUAGAUGAUUUACUUUGGCUCUUGGCCCGGGGUACGUUGAUUUAUAAUUUGUUCAACAGCCGCAGCCACAGUCGCAGUUAACUGAGAAGGUGACUGAUUAUCAUGAUAAUCUUUCCGUUAGUCUGCCAGAGGAGUAUCGCCGCGUUCCAUCCAUUUGCUUGUCCAUUCCCACGCAGCACAUGUAUUUAUAAAAACUCUGCUUACCUGUAAAGAUACAGAACCGUAUUGUUUUAACUGCACUUUGUCAAUCUGGGUGCAGCAGAGAAGUUGACAUUUGGACGUGACCGGAAGGGGUGCAUUUGCAGGGUCUGCUGUUUUAUGUCACAUUUCUUUCUGCACGAUGCUGGAGUGGGUGUUAAUCCUGUUUCCAGCAGUCGUUUGUUGUCCCCAAACCCCCCCCCCCCAAUGUAAACUCCUUGCAAUUAUGGACUUUAACCAACUCGUGUUAAUGCUGUGAAGCCAAUGUCUAAUUCCAUUACAUUUUAAAAUGUUUCAUUUUCUGCGUUUUAACUUUGAUGUUUUCAGGAACUGUCCGUAAAACAGGAAACAAGUCUUGAAUUGGCCACGGUUUCCACUGUUAGAUAUGAUUGACCUGGGCAGCAGAGAUGCAAACCUUCCGCAUCCCGUGGGAAACAAAAACGGCUCGAAAGGAAGGAACCGUGAAUCAUUUUGCAGGUCUUAAAGCCGUUCUGAUGGGGUUUCUGAUGAUCUCCAUUUAAAUUCUCGCUUUUAAUUUGGAACGAGAGUUUGUAAGUAAACUCUGGAAGCGUUUCGUAAAAGGGCACCCAUCGCCACUUUGGAACAAUUUUCUGGAUGUUUAAUCAUGGAUUCUCAUUUUAUGUGAAACAUUGAUUUUUUUGCAUGCCCGGAUCGGGAAAAACAAGUUUUUAACACCUGUAAUAUGAUUAAAGUCCACAAUACACCACUCACAGAACAUGAUAUGGGCUUUUAAUAUUGUUCUGUGAUGAAAUAGCAUAAUUGAUGUGUACACAUGCAGCUACUUUGAACUGGCUUGACCACAUCGGGUAGCAGAAGUGAUUCAUUUACAUUACUGAGUAAAGGUAAAUAUUAAGGAGCUGUUACAGACAUGUUUUGUGUCUCUACUGGGCUGUGUGAUAGAUUUUAUCAUAAGAUGGCAUUAAGGCACAUUCGUGGUCAGUGGGUCUUAGGGAAAUGUGAACGAGUGACAUUAAUUCUUCUAAAUGACUGGCUGCGAUUGCUUUUGUUUGCCCAUUGAGGCUUAAGUGUCUGUUUGUAACUUUCUAACACAAAUAUGUGAAAACAAAAGUUUCCCGCAUUUCUAUUGAGAAAUUAAAAUAGGAAAUUGCCAUUACAUGAAAUUGACAAUUUCAUCAUAUUUGAUAUGUCAUGUUAAACCUGAAAACAUAUUGACCUUUGCCUGAGUGCCAGUUUUUUAUUAUUAUUUUUAUUAUUAUUAUGGGAUAUUUUGUUAUCUGGUCCAUGGGCCUAUUGGAGAGACGAAUCUGCUACAUCCCCAAGUUUGCUGGUAAGGAAAUAAUUUAAAGUUUGAAUGUCUGCACAAAGUGCAUUUUAAUGCCUGUUUAGAAACAUGUUACUAAUCAAGCAUGUAUUAGUAGUAAUCUUCAGGUUUCUUGUUUGUAAAUUAUAUCGCAGUGCCAACAUAUCAUGCAUAUCGGAUGCCACCUUUAUUCAUUUCAUUCCCGGUGAGCGAUUUUGUAGGUGUACAGUCAUGUCUUUCAACCACUGCAGUCAAUGUAAUUCUUGUACAAGUUCUGUCACUGGGUGUUGUACCAUAUCUGACAUUUGUAUUUAUGAAAUAAAACACUGCCGUUUGUA